AUGGCAUCCACAACGCCGUACCCCUUCUCCUUCUCCUCGAACGAAAUGACGUCACCGCCACCCCCCAACAGCCGCGGGGCAAUCCCUGCACUGCAAGCAUCGCGUCUCCGAUCUCUAUGGCUUGAGUCCUACGCCGAUAGAUCUAAGAUUCUUGCAUUCCCAUGCAGCUACGAUGGACUGUCUUCGCGCCUCGUCGAAGAGGCCGGGUUCCCGAUGCUCUUCCUGUCCGGCUUCGCGGUCUCCAGUACGCACGGCCUCCCGGACACGGGCUACAUUGCGAUGGCGGAGAUGUGCGAUAAGAUCCAGGAGACGGUCCGUGUUACAAGCCUGCCGGUCAUGGUCGAUGGGGACACCGGGUAUGGGAGUGCGAUGAAUGUCAAGCGCACGGUGGAGAGCUUUGCCGCUGCGGGCGCGGCGGGCGUUAUGAUUGAGGACCAGACGUGGCCGAAACGAUGCGGGCAUACGAAAGGAAAAUCAGUUGUCUCCCGCGGCGAGGCAUACGCUCGAAUCCAGGCAGCAUGCGACGCGCGCGAUGAGGGCCGCGAUAUAUUCAUUCUUGCUCGGACGGACGCCUUGAUUCAUGGAUGGGAUGAGGCGAUGGCGCGAGCAAAGGAGUUCAAACGGAUCGGCGCCGAUGCAGUGUUUGUGGAGGCCUUGCCUGACCGCGACGCGAUGAAGCGCUGCGUGGAAGAGCUGCAGAUGCCCAUGCUCGCGAAUAUUAUUGAAGGAGGAAUGACGGAGAACCUUUCCGCAAAGGAGCUAGGUAGUUUGGGUUUUGCAGCGGUCGCGUAUCCUUGGACGCUUGUUGCUGCGAAGUUGAAGGCUAUCAAGGAUGCAUUGGAGGGCUUGAAGAGGAGUAUUGUGGAGGAUGGACCGCCGCCGAUGAUUCUGGGAUACGACGAGGUUUGUGAGGGUGUGGGAUUCAAGAAGUACUGGGAUAGAGAAACUAAAUACGAGUAUAAUGAUGAAGGUCUGGUGAACAGGAAGUAA